AUGUCCCCAACCCGCAAACGACCCCCCCGCAAAACCAAACCCAACCCCAACCCCAAUCCCAAUCCCAAUCCCAAUCCCCACCCCCCUCUCGAUAUCCAAAGCACCCCCGAAUGCGAAUACCCAACAUGCGAGCUCACAACAACCACCCCACCACCCCCCCUCCGCAAACUCAUCUCCCACGUCUUCGGCCGCAACAAGACCACCACCAAGCAAAUCCCGGACGAAAUAUGGGUCCACUACUGCCGGAAACACUACCAGCGCGCGCGGUACCGGUGUCACAACUGGGCGCGGGAGCAGUGUGAGCUGCUGCUGGUUUCGUUGGAUAGGUUGGAGGAGUGGGGGGGUGUGGAUCUAUUCAAGAUUGUGCUGAGGAGGAGGGAGGAUCUUAGGAGGAGGAGGGAGCUGGAGAGGAGGGAGCUGGAGAGGAGGGAGGCUCUUGGGUUGGCUUUGGCUUCUCGGACGGAUGGUGAGGCUGAUAUUGAAACUGAUCUUUUGAUGGGGGGGACUGAUGGUGGAAGUAUUCAUGGGGGAGAAGGGGGGGAGGGGGAGUACUUCCCAGAAGGAGAAGGAGAAGGAGAAGAGAGAGAGCAACAACCAAACACCCAAGAAGAAGCAGAAGACACUCCCCAAGAAGAAACAGAAGCAGAAGAAAACACCCAGCAAGAACCAAACGCCAAGAAGCGAAAACAGCGCAUCCAACCCUGCCCCGUCCCUACCUGGCUGGUGGAUUUGACCGACUCCCCCAAGACAUUUGACGAAAUGCGCGCCAUCAUCCGUGAGCUGAUGGACUAUUUUGAGAAGCUGGAGGAGAAGCUGGAGGACGAGUUGAGGAAGAGUCUGUGGAAGGAGUUGGAGAAGUAUGAGGAGGAGAGGAGGAAGAUGCUGCUGUUUCCGGAUGUGGAGAUCUUGCCUGUCUUCAAGCACCCUUCUUCUUCUUCUAGAUCUGGGAUUGGGUCUGGUUGA